GCGCAAUUCCGAACCUGUCAGUGGUUCUGGUUUGCUGUCAGCCUCAUAGAACAAUAUCGAGGGAUUAUUCACUAAAAAGGUGAAGCCGUUUCCUUUUUUAAUUACUUCCCUCACACUUGUGUGUAUACAAAAGCUUUUAAGUGGACAUGAAAUGUCUGUAAAAUAUCAGGUGCUUUUGAUUCAAUGGAAAUGUCAUCACAAUCAAUAAUUUCCAUUAGUUUUACUAUAUAAUAUGUUCUAAGUUCCAGAAUGACUCCUAGAUGUAAGUCUUCGGAGUGAAAGGAAUAAUGUCACUUGUACAGGUGGCUUCUGGCCUUUUUAUAAACAACAGCUGCUAGUAAAUGUAUGGGGAAAUACAUAUUCCUCUUAAGAAAAUGGUGGAUAAAACAUCAUCAGGACAUGCUGCAGAAUGCUGACGUACAAGACUGUGAUGCUGUAAAAUCCGUCUCCCACACGAAAGCUAUUUUCCUCCAUCUGCACUUUAAAAAUUUAAGGAGAAAGGUUUUAAACAUUUUAUGAUCCAUCAACAUGUUGCUCCUGCUUUUGUAAUGUGAAUCAGAGGAUAGAAAUGGACAUGGUGAGAUCACGUUUCAAAAAAUCUGUAGAUCUUCUUGACCCUCAGACUAUGGCUAUAUAAAACAAUCCCUGUGUCAUUUGGAGGUCUGUGUUUGAAAGGGAAGGAUGAAUGAAAAAUAAGGAGUGUUCUCUUCUAAAUUAGUUACUGAACCUAAUGGGUUUCCUCAGCAUGGAACAUUCCAAGUGCACUGCUUAACUGAGAAGGAAAUCCUGAAAAAACCCAAAUCUAAUAUCAAGUCCUGUGUUUAAAACUGGUAAAGAUCUGUUUAAAAUCUUACAGUAUAAAAUCCAUUAAAAAAACCCUCCAAAAAUCCAUGCUUAAUCAUAGAAUAUUUAAUAGUUGGAGGGGACCCAAAAGGAUCACCGGGCACUCUUAAGGGAAUGGCCCAUACAGGGUUCGAGAACACAGUAACACUCCUCAGGCCUCACUAGUACUCUAGUGUGGCAAAUAACUGUGUUUAAUACAUAGUUAAUACAUAGUGUUUAUUUUCCCGUUGUUAUGGGUGUUUAAUAAAGUGACCCAGCUUGCAAAUUUUCCAAAGUUCUGCUCAAAAUCCAGCCUUUCCUGUGGAUCGCAGCAGGAAUUUCGACAUCAGACAGCGCGCUGUUCCUGCCCACUAAGCUCAGCUCCCGACGCGAUCGCCUCAGCGAAGCCUCGCGAGAGUUCAGCCCCGCCCACCCGCCCGCCGCGCUUUUUUCCGCUCUCGCGAGAACCGCGCCCUUUCUCUUCCUCGCGCACGCCGACAAGAUGCCUUCCAGGCUAAGGAAGACCCGGAAGCUGAGAGGGCACGUCAGCCACGGGCACGGCCGCGUGGGGAAACACAGGAAGCAUCCAGGAGGACGUGGUAAUGCUGGUGGUAUGCACCAUCACAGGAUUAACUUUGAUAAAUAUCACCCUGGUUACUUUGGAAAAGUAGGCAUGAGACACUAUCACUUGAAGAGAAACCAAAAGUUCUGUCCUACUGUCAACCUGGAUAAACUGUGGACGCUCGUCAGUGAACAGACCAGGCUUAAUUAUGCCAAAAAUGAGGCUGGUCUGGCCCCGGUCAUCGAUGUAGUGCGCUCGGGCUACUACAAAGUCCUGGGCAAGGGGAAGCUGCCCAAGCAGCCUGUAAUUGUGAAAGCAAAGUUCUUCAGUAGAAGAGCAGAGGAGAAGAUCAAAGAAGUUGGUGGUGCCUGUGUGCUUGUGGCAUAAAAGUUUUUGUUUUAUUCAAAUUUUUUGAAUAAAAACAAUGGAUAAAAUGAACUGA